UUUACAUUAGAAAUCGAUUUCCGACUUCUCAGAUUUUUCUAAAAACAUGGAUGCAAUGUUUACAUCUUUGUGGUUUACAACCUAUUGAUAUUGCUUUUUAUAAUUCAUAGAAAUAGAAUCUACAUAGCCUAAACUUAUUCUUAAAAUGGACUCAUCAGAUCAUGUAGAAAUGAGAAAAGAUAGGAUAGCUACGGAACGUCUGACUGAACCACAACUUGCCGGAGCAACUUUAGAAGCUCGGCCGACUAAAGAUGGCCUGACUGUGAAACGAGGGAUGAAGGGAAAAACCAAGCCACUCUACUUCUGGACCAUUGCAGAUGUGAAUAAAUGGUUGAAGAAACAUGCACGGGAUUACUUUGAAAUGUACAAAGAAAUAUUCAAUGAACAUGAAGUCACAGGUAGAACUUUAAUUCGAAUGAAUGACAUAAAACUUGAAAAAAUAGGAAUUACAGAUCCAACUCACAGACAUGAUCUAAUGCAGUUUAUAUUACGUCUUCGUCUGAAACAUGAAAUGUCAGAUUUACGAGGUCUAAACCAGCGAGGUUCGGGUUUUGAGCUGAAGUUGCCUGAGACAAGACAAUCAUCCAUGGAUAAGUCACAGCUAGAAAAGCUUCUUAGUUCAAAGUGAUUUGGAUGUCACAGAAUGAAAGUAUUUUAUCGAACAUUGUUUUGGGAGAAUUCAACAAAUAGUUCCAUUGGGAAAACAUUAAGAAACUGGAACAGACACAAAAUAGAGCAGUGAGAUUCAUAACAAACGAAUAUUCACAUUUGACUAGAGUAACACCUUUAGUAAAAUCACUAAAUUUAGAAAGCCUUCAGGACAGAAGGCUCAAAAGUAAAGUAGCAAUCAUACAUAAAACACUGAAUCAUAAUCUUCAAAUACAAAAACAAAAUUUAAUAAAAUACUCUGAAAGACACAAAGAUAAAGGCACAUUUCUCGCCCCAUAUGCUAGGACAAAUUUGUACAAACACUCCUUCCCUAGUGCUAUUAGAGCAUGGAAUGGGUUGCCUGAGCUAGCCAGGAAAACCAGUGACUUGGCUGAAUUUAAGUCAUUGGUUAAUAUGCAUGACUAAAUGCAUGACGCGUAGGACGUAAUCAUCUUCUUUUUUGAAGUAACGUCUGUAUUAUAUAAGAUAAGAUAAGAAACUUGUCAACAGGACAGUGAUCAAAGUAAAACUGAGUUUCUUUGAUUGGUGGUUUAAAAAAAAAGCACUCCAAGCAUAGGUUUACUGUUUAUGUUACACAAAGUUAGUCGCCAGCUGCUGAACAAUCCUAGGUUUGUAUAUAAAAACAUUGUGAGAUAAAUUAUGUGUUCGUGGUUGAAAUAAAUAUUGGUUAGGUUCCACCUUAGUUUUCAAUAAAACCAUAAUAAUGUUAUUUUUUUUUAUUUAGAAAAUGCUUCUGUAAGUUAAAUAUUUGGGCCACAUUAAAGAUUUAUAUAUUUUUUUUUAAAUUUGAUGGCUGAUGGAUACUAUUAAAAAACAGUCUUAGAAAAUUCAAAAUAUUGGUUUUAUAGGAAUAAAUGUGUACACUUUUUAAAAUUCAAUUUCCCUCAUGACUAAUCUUAAAACAAAUGGCUCUUGAAUAAACUUGACAUUAUCUUGAGCAGACUAGAUGAAAGAGGAAAUCAAAAUGCUUUCUAUUUAUUAUGACAGCUUCACUUGUGUGCCCACAUAAUUCCUUGACUCAUAAGUAGAAUUGAAUCCCAUCAGCUUUUGUGGGCAGAAGUUUGGGACAUUGGAAAAAAACAAAUCUUUAAAUAUUUUAGACCCCUCUUUUUCUUGAACAAAAAUAAAAAGCUACACCACUGGGUACCUGAAAGUAUUUUACACGUGACACAUGAAGUGCACAUUUGAUGUGUAUUGAAUUUUAUGAAUUCUCUCAAGUGUUUGUCCUUGGUAUCCUGUUAGUCUUACUCAAUAUAUUGCUAAGUAGACCAAUUCUCAAAUGGCCAGCUUAUGGACUCAUUUAUUCAAAGUAUCUGUAGAUAGCAGAGCAUUUUUAGCCUGUACCCUGCAUAGCGCAGGUCAAGGUAUAACCAAUGCACAUAACAUGUUUUGGGCUCACAAUGUGUUACUAGUUGUUUUCUUUAUGUUUAAGGAAUGAAAGAGUCUUGAUUUGUGUCUAUUCACCUUCUGGUUUAUUUAAUUUUUCUAAUAUUUGGUUGCCCCUUCCAGGCUUCACUGUUAUAUUGGCCAAUAAAAAUGUCUGUAUUUGAAUUUUGUAUGGUUUAUUAUGAUUGAUUUAAUUAUAUCAUGCUUCAUACAUUGUGCCUUGAUGUCACUAGAGAGUAUCAAAGUAUUGCAGUGCAUUCUAAGUUUACUUUGUCUACAUUGUAACAUGUCAAAUCAUAUGGCUGUGUGGUUCUUUUUUUUUAAUAUAAAUAUAUUUUUGCUUAUUACAUUAGCAUUAUACAAUUACGAGCAUGGCUAAAUAACUGCAAGAGAUAGAAAUGUUAAUUAGUUGCCAGCACCUCAUGCAGAUUAAAAGGUUUUUGGACACAUUUUAAAAACAAUACAGCUGCUUUUACCACUGGCUCAUAGUUGUUAUUUCUUUCUUCUUUUAUGCUACUUAUGUAUUUUUUUACAAAGCUUAAAUCAAUUCCCUCUGUAUGCCUGGUCAAAAGUUUGUACAUCUCCCAUACUCAAUUUUGAAAAAAUUUGAAAUUAUACACAAUUAUUUCUUGUACCUGAAAAAAAAAAGAAUCAAUAUUAAAAAAUAGCCAAUAAGUUAAAUGUUGUUGUUUUUUAUGUAAAUUUAUUGCUUCUUCACAUAGCAUUCUUUGGCAGACUUGGGUUUUUACAUGGGCUCUAAGUAGGCUGAAAGCUUUGCAGCAUUCUAUUCUUAUUACUGGUUAAGAAACCUAUACUUUAAAGCAAAAGGCAUUUUUUUAAUGAUCUUCAAAGAACAAUUUGAUAACAAUAUUCAAUUGAAACAUUUUUUUAAAGACCAUCUCAGGAGACAGCCCCCACCUCCUUUUUUUUUUUUUUUUUUUUUUUUUUUUGGUAAAACUCUUUGAAAGAGCACAAGACACACUUUCCUAAUAAUGGUGUAAACAAAAAUAUGUAGUUCAUUUAUAAUACAGAUUUUGUUCUUAAUCUUCUGAUUCAAAGACAAUAUCUUCAAAGACAAUAGCUUCUUUUUCUAGACAAUUUCUUCCUAUCAGCUGUUCCCUUUAUAAUUUCUUUUUUACAAGCUUUUUAUUCAUACACAAUUGUUUAUCAAAAGGUUAAUUCUUCACAACAUAAAUAUUUUGAAGCUUGUAAAUGUUUUAAACUCUGGUUCUAUGGAUGUGUGUUCAAAGUUUCAAUGUAGCCUAACCUAUCAUGAACAACAGAUCAACUAGUAUCAUAGAACCCAGAUAGUACUAGUGUUUUUGCUUCAUCUAUGAAUGAUAGUGCCUACUUUUGUUUAAAAAUUUAUGUUUGUUAUGGUUAUUGUAGAAUUUGGAAAUCUGAAGUGAAAGAGUUGAAAUAUUUAUUGCUUGUGGUUCGUAAGAUGCAACUUAUGUAUUUGAUGUAUAUCAGUGUGACAUUUGUUUGAUAAGAGAAGAAAUUUUAAAAUAAAAAUUACUGGCUAAGGAAAUUAAAUGUCUACAAGAUUUUCACAAAAAGAACAUUAAAUGCAUUAUUCUAAAUCAGUA